AUGUCGCCUACCUGCGCUCCGUCCUGCCCAGCACCACGGAAGACGCCUUCUUCGAUUAUCUGGCCACCCUGGACACCUCGGAGGUCACAGUCUCAGCUGUGCCAGAGGGCUCUGUCGUCUUCGCCAGGAGGGGGACAGGGGACAUCACUGCCCGGCUGUCCCCACAGGUCCCUUUCCUGCAGGUGAAGGGGCCUCUGCUGGUGGUGCAGCUGCUGGAGACGACGUUGCUGUGCUUGGUCAACUACGCCAGCCUGGUGGCCACCAACGCUGCUCGCUUCCGACUCCGCGCCGGCCCCGACGUGAAGCUCAUGGAGAUGGGGCUGCGUCGCGCUCAGGGACCCGAUGGUGCCCUUUCAGCUUCCAAAUACUCUUACAUAGGGGGCUUUGACUGCACCAGCAACGUCCUGGCAGGGAAGCUCUAUGGCAUCCCAGUGCGCGGCACCAUCGCUCAUUCCUUCAUCAUGUCCUUCACCUCGCUGGAGGAGGUGCAGCCGCGGGAGCUGUCACCGCUGGCAGGAGGAGACCCAGUGGAUCUCCCGCUCCUGGCUGAGUCGUGGUUGCAACGGGUGUGUGAGCUCCUGCAGAGCCCCCCUGAAAAAGCGAAUCGGGGUGAGCUGGCCGCCUUCGUAUCCUACGCCAUCAGCUUCCCGCGGGAUUUCCAGGGCCUGUUGGACACGUAUUGUGUCCAGAGGAGUGGUUUGCCGAAUUUCUGUGCAGUGGCGCUGGCCCUGCACCAACUGGGGUACCGGGCUAUCGGGGUGCGUGUGGACAGCGGGGACCUGGCGCAGCAAUCCAAGGAGAUCCGCCGAGUGUUCCGAGCCUGCGCUGCUCACUUCCAGGUGCCAUGGUUUGAGACCAUCGCCAUCGCUGUCAGCAAUGACAUCAGCGAGCAGAGCCUGGAGGAGUUCAGGCGGGAGGGGAGCGAGAUUGACAUGAUUGGUGUCGGGAUGAACCUGGUGACGUGUCCCCUGCAGCCAUCACUGGGAUGUGUUUACAAGCUGGUGGAGGUCAAUGGCUCCCCCUGCCUGAAGCUCACAGAAGACGAGGAGAAGAUGACGAUCCCAGGGACCAAGACAAUCUAUCGGCUUUAUGACGCUGCUGGUCACCCCUUCAUGGACCUCAUGGCGCUGGAAGAGGAGCCGUCGCCCACCGCGGGGCAGGAGCUGGAGAUCCGUGUCCUGGGGCGGCUUGAUGAGGCCACCAAGGUCAUGCCCACCACUGUGGAGCCCCUCCAUCGCACAUAUGUCAGAGACGGCCAGGUUUGCGAGCCACUACCCAGCCUGUCGGAGAUGAGGAGCCACGUGCAGGCAUCCCUCAGCCUCCUCAACCCCGCUCACCGCCGGCUCCGUGACCCACAGCCCUACCCGGUGGCUGUGACGGAGAGGCUGCACCGGCUCCGGGAGGCCUGCCAGUGA